GGGAGCAGGGACUGAUAUGGGUCAUGAGACUCUCAAAAGGAUUACCUUGAACUGAAGUCAUGAGACCAAGGCUUGAACAAAGAGCUGGCUCACAUGCUCAUCAUAUGAGCCCCGCUUCAUAAAGUCAUGUCGUUUCAUAUCUACUGGGCUUCAGUGGGCUAGGAGGACCCGGGUGAGAGCAGCUAGAGAGCUGGAGAUGGAGCUGGGCUGGAGCUGGGCUGGUGGGAAGUUUCUUGAGAGUUCUUAGAGUUAUUGAGUGUUCUUGAGUUCUAAGAGAGUUCUUGAGUUCUAAGAGAGUUCUUGAGUUCUUAGAGAGUUGUUGUGUUCUUCUUUACUAGUAGUUGGGUGUUAGAGUGUUGAGUUGCUCUUGUGCUCCUCUUGAAGUUUCUACUGGAUGCUCUUCCACUGACGGCCCACAAAGCUUGGAUUGAGAAGACGUUUCAGAAAAGAGAGUGCAUCCAAAUAUUUCCCAGCAAAGAACCAAACAGGUGCAGUUGUGGUCAGGUAGUGAACCAGCAUGUGGCCAUCAUCCCGGGGGCGACCACCAGGGUGGCGGAAGAGGCAGGUCAGAUAGCACAGGUGGCGGUGCCCAUGGAACGCUGGUCCGUGCUUAAACACACACAGGCCAUGCCCACAGACACAUACGGCAUCAUGGAGUUCCAGGGAGGAGGACAUGUCAACAAGGCCAUGUACAUCCGUGUGGCGUACGAUUCCAAGCCAGACAACAUGCUCCACCUGAUGGUGAAAGACUGGCAGCUGGAGCUCCCUACCCUGCUCAUCUCCGUCCACGGGGGACUGCAGAACUUUGACUUGCAGCCCAAACUAAAACAGGUGUUUGGAAAGGGUCUGAUCCAAGCUGCAGUCACCACCGGAGCCUGGAUACUCACUGGCGGAGUCAGCACUGGGGUGAUCCGGCAUGUUGGAGAUGCGUUGAAGGACCACUCCUCAAAGUCCAGGGGGAAAGUAUGUGCCAUCGGGAUCGCUCCAUGGGGCAUUGUGGAGAACAAGGAGGAUCUGAUAGGAAGAGAUGUGACACGUCCAUACCAGGCCAUGUCCAACCCCAUGUCCAAGCUGUCUGUCCUCAACAACAGCCACUCUCACUUCAUCCUAGCAGAUAACGGGACCCACGGAAAGUACGGCGCAGAGGUCCGUCUUCGCCGUCAGCUGGAGAAACACAUCUCCCUGCAGAAGAUCAACACACGUCUGGGUCAGGGAGUGCCUCUGGUCUGUCUGAUCCUGGAGGGGGGUCCCAACGUCAUCUCCAUAGUCCUGGAGAGCCUGAGGGAGGACCCCCCUGUCCCGGUGGUGGUCUGUGACGGCAGUGGACGGGCCUCUGACAUCAUCUCCUUCGCACACAGAUACUCUGAGGACGACGGCUUGGUAAGUGAUAGCGUGAAGGACCAGCUCCUGGUCACCAUACAGAAGACGUUCAACUACAACCGCGGUCAGGCCCAGCAGAUCUUCCUCAUGGUGAUGGAAUGCAUGAAGAAGCGAUCUCUGGUGAGUAGGGAAGACAUAAUUAUACAGGCUAUGUUCCCAUAAAUGACAUUAGCAUAACACUUAGAAUUCCUGUCCAAUGCAUUGCAUGCGUCAUAAGUGACGGUUUUAGUAUCUAGACAAUUUGUUAGUUAAAAUGUAUUUUUCUAAGCCUUUACGUACAUUUUAGAAACACUUUACCGCAUAAGUCAAACCUAAUGUAUUCAAAAUAUAUUCAAACAUUAAAGAUUAUAAUUUGUGAUGAAAGUAAAGCGACAUUUUAAUAAUUUAAUUGUUUUAUGUUAUUUGAUGCGUCAAUAAAAUUGUCCCAUUCAUUUGUGUCAUCCUGUACUUUCA